AUGCCUCCCAUUCCACAUCACCUCGACCACCACUACGAAGAAGAGUUGAAGACGAACGACAACGACGACAACUUCUUCGUGAAUCACCCGUGGCUGCAGUCAACACCAGCAGCAACAAGCUCCCAACAUUUUGAAUCCUUCCACGCGCCAGUGCCCUUGCCAUCCACGUCGACCAUUCAUUCGUUUCAAUUCCCAAUCCACGAUCGUGUCCAGUCCUCGACAAUAUGGGGACCGGGUAAUAUUUGGACGCCGACAGUAGUCUGCGACGACACCUCACUGAGCGAUUCACCGCCGCCAAGGCCCGCAAUCGCCUUAAUUCCUCUCCCCCCUCAGGUUGAGGGUAUUGACCCUGUGGUGCUUCAUCCCAUGCUGAGAGCGGGUGGGCGAGUCGCCAAUGUCGACUUUGCUGCCUUCCGCGUCGAAUCUCACGACGAAAGGCGGGCAUUCCGGCCAGGAAUCUGGCGCGACAAGGCGACAACGCCUGGUUUGCCGUCACUGACGGUAAUGAUACCAGAGCUGCCAUGGGUGGUCGUUGCACAUGCAUCGAUAGGCGGAGCAGUUCAUGUCGGGGAUGUAUUCAAGGCCAUUUGGAGCUCCUUGAGCAUGCGACUCGAGCCAGAACUCAUCCAAACAAGUGCCCUCUUCAGUAGACCAGUGAAAGUGAGUCAACACACGAAUCUACAAGUCGCUAUGCUAACAUUAGCAGCGACAUCGGAACCGCGACUCCCUGCUGAACUCGAACGCAAAGUUUUCAGGUUGGCAGCAAAGUCAGAUUGGCAAGCUGUUCUUCCUCUCCUACUUGUUGCGCAACGCGUCCGUGUCUGGGUCCAACCACUACUGUUCCAUGUCGUUAGAAUCAACGAUUCUCCCCAUUCCCGCGCUUUCAUAGCAAACGCCCUUGCAAACCCGGCCAUCUGCUCCACAGUCCGAUACCUCUCUCUAGAGGAGCCCCUGCAAUCCAUGGACAAGAGCAUCAUAGCCCCCAUUGUACGACAAUGUAUCCUCGUCGCUGAGGUCGCCAUAAGCAGCUUCGACUUCAACACCCCAGAAUACCUGAACGCAAUUGCCUCGUUUCAGAGCAACAGAGGCCUCACAGUGAACAUCGGAAGCUUCUUUCGCCCCCAGGCCAUCGACGGGAUGCACGCUGCUUUUGCCAACAUAACCCAUCUCACACUCCUCGACUACAUCCUCAAAGAAUUUGUCCUCACAAACCUAUGCGCUUCCACAGCCAUUCCCGCCCUCCCUUCUCUCACCCACCUCCGCCUUAAACUCAUCUACACCCUCUUCCCCGGCUCUCCAGCCCUCCUCCAAAAACUUGUCGGCAACUGCCCCCAUCUGAAACUCCUCCUACUAGUGGUCGAUACUGACAUCUCCCAUCAACCCAUCCCCAUUGACGACAUGCGUGCUCUCUGCGCAUCCGACCCUCAGACGCGCAUCAUGUUCAUUGCCGAUAAACGACGCUACAACAGGCUUUGGUCAGACUGGGAAUACUCCGCUCGCGGAGCUGAUAAUGACUGGAAUUUGGCCAAUGAUUUCAUCCAGAGAAAGCGAGCCGGUUUUGUCGAACCAGAUAAAUGGUGGAUUAUCGUCAAAUGA